CGCUGGUUCUCUUACAGACCUUGUGGCCAAAGACGUCAUUGAGAAGUGGCUGAAAUACCUGAGGAACGAACUGCCUGCAGUGGCCUUCAAAGCUUGUACCCAGGCGCAGAGUAAGAACCUGCAUCGCAGCAAAGUGCCGGUGGAGAGAGCGAGCGCUGACCUGCUGCAGAGCAGCGCCUGCGUGGGAGCGGACAACCUGAUGAGGCUGCUGGGAGGCUACUGCCGCAAUCGUGAGCUGAAGACUGCCAUCACCGUGGGCGUGGUCGGAUUUCCAAAUGUCGGGAAGAGCAGCUUAAUCAACAGCCUGAAAAGAGCACGGGCCUGCAGUGUGGGCGCAACCCCUGGAGUGACCAAGUGCCUGCAAGAGAUUCACCUCGACAAGCACAUCAAGCUGUUGGACUGUCCUGGCAUCGUCAUGGCAACGUCUACCUCGGACGCUGCCGUCAUCCUGCGAAAUUGUGUGAAGAUCGAGCAGCUGCAGGAUCCAGUGGAACCAGUGGCUGCCAUUUUGAGACGGUGUAACAAGCAACAGGUCAUGCGGCAUUACAAUAUCCCUGAGUUCCGGGACACGCAGGAAUUCCUGGCAGUGCUGGCCCGGAGGUUGGGGAAGCUGAGGAAGGGAGGGCACCCAGAUCAUGAGAAGGCAGCCAAGACCGUCCUCGCCGACUGGACCAGCGGCAAGAUCUGCUACUUCACCCAGCCACCGGAGACCCACACCCUCCCCACCCACAUCAGUGCCGAGAUCGUCGCGGAGCUGGGCAAGGCGUUCGACAUCGAGGAGUUAGAGAAAGGAAACCAGGAGUCCCUCAGCAAGAUCGAGUCUCCCGCGGGAGAGAGCGGAAUCUGCAUUGAGAUGUCCGGAAUGACGAGCGGGGAGAACGAACCUCCCCACACAUGUGAAAUGGAAGAGGAUAAGACGACGCAGGAGAGCGAGGGAGUGGCCACAGACAUCGACAGCACCCAGGACUCGCAGUUGAGGAAGAUGACGGUGACGUUCGGAAGCAGGAAAGCCAAUCCAAAGCAGGCGGGGGAGAAGGUGGAGGCAGCUCCUCGGCUCCCGGACCUGCAGGUGAUCAGGGAGCUCGAUCCCCUGUGCCAGGGACAGGCUCUGAAAGCAGCAAGCAAGAGGAGGAGGAGGCUGCAGAAGAGGGCAG